AUUUCAUCAGACCAAUCUGAUUGGUUAAGCGGAUGUCACGCUUUAGUGAAUUAUUAAAGCUUUAGGAUUGCAACAUUCAGCUGUUUGACAAUUUCGGAGAUUUUGGGCUUUGCCCCCUUUCGUAAAAGUAGGACAUCUUAUACAGUGUGGACAUUUAAAACAAAACAACUGAUUGAAAAGCUACAAAAAUGAGCAUAUUGGCAUGAUUGAACAAAGUGUUGUUUGGAUUUUUGGGAGUUGGGCUAGUUGGAGCAAACUCCGAGGCAAUGAUGACGAUGAUUGGGUGGACAGACUAAAUCAUUUAUACACGGUGGUAUUGCUGUGUGUCUUUGCUGUGUUCACAGGCGGCGGACAAUACGUCGGUGACCCGAUCCAAUGUUGGUGUCCAGCACAAUUCACGGGGGCGUAUGUCUCGUAUACGAAAUCCUACUGUUGGAUUAAAAACACGUACUAUAUUCCCAUGAAUAACGCCAUCCCUACAGAUCACAUGGACCGUGAAUCAGAGGAACUCGCAUAUUACCAGUGGAUACCUAUUAUCUUGGUCUUUAUGGCUUUCAUGUUUAAAUUUCCUUGCCUCGUUUGGAGAAUGUUGAAUGGUUAUUCUGGACUUAAUGUUGAAAAAAUCGUAAACAUGGCCGUAUCAACACAAACGAGUGACCCGAAGAAACGCGACGAAUCCGUCAAGCACAUCAGUAUUUACGUAGACCGUUGGUUGGAAACCCACAGACCGUAUUCGCACAACUUCAUGGUUCGUGUGCAACAUAAAAUGGCGCGAUUUUGCUGCGUUUUUUGCAACAAGCGCGAAGGAACAUUUUUAACCGGACUGUACAUGUUUGUAAAGAUCUUAUACUGCGUCAAUAUUAUCUGCCAGUUCUUUAUCUUGAAUGCCUUUAUGGGUCACGAUUUCUUUUCGGCUUACGGAUUUGAAGUUAUUGAUGGUCUUGCACGUGACUGGGAAAUCAAAGAAUCAUAUAGAUUCCCGCGCGUCACGCUUUGUGAUUUCGAUAUUCGACAACUUGCAAAUGUACAAAGAUGGACAGUUCAAUGUGUAUUGCCUAUAAAUCUAUUCAACGAGAAAAUUUUCAUAUUUUUGUGGUUCUGGUUUGUUUGCAUUGCCAUAGUAACCACUGGAAAUUUCCUGUUCUGGAUUUGGCGAGUGGUAGUAAAACAGAAUCGUGUCGCCUACGUCAAAAAGUUUUUGAAAGUCAAUGAUCAGCUUCAUGGAGAAGACGAGAAAAAGUUAUGCAGAAGAUUUGCCAACGAUUAUCUUAGAGAUGAUGGACUAUUUGUGUUGCGUAUAGUAGCAAGAAAUACGAACUCUAUACUUCUGACGGAUCUAGUCAUGUGUCUAUGGGGCAUUUACAAAGACAAACCAGAAAUAAGAAAAGAAAAUGAUUACAAUGACACGAACCCAUAGUGCAGUUUGUUAAUUAAGCUAUACUACCGCCAAAAGUGGUCUUUCAUCAUGUCACGUGACAUUCCAGACUGUGCACACGUUACCAUUCCUAUGCAGAUAACGCGUUAUGCAUUUUAACUUAGGUGCUAGUGUGACAAAAACUUAAAUGCAUUAACUUUUUAUGUCUUAUUUUUGUCAACGAUUGCCAUUUGUUACCAUGGGGAUGUGGAAGUUGUUGUUAGGACCGCUCACUGCCCAUUUUUACAGACAUUUCAUAGUGUUAGUGAACCUUUUACAAAUGUACAUUGUUGAAUUGAUUCAUGUUCUAUUGUUACAUGUAUUCGAAAAGAGUCAAUAUUUUUUAUAAAUCUUUUGAAUUUUAGGUUUGAAAUUCAUUGGGCAUUUUAUUUCGUACUGUUUUCGUGGCCAGUUGUUCAUUAAAAAAUAUGUGUAGAAGUUCAGUAAUUUUAUGUUUGAGACUACUUCAUGACAACAAGAACGUUUAGUACAAGCAUUGAUGACGUCAUAUAUUUCUGUGAUAAAACCUGUCGGUUGUGAUCUUUUGAAGAUAUUUUCCCACCAACGAAUUAACCAAUCAAAGUUGAAUCUACUUUUUUGUAAAAUUAUUGAUUACAAUUUUUUUUAUGAAUGAUUAGCAUGUAUCUUUUUUUUUUAAUAUAAGCGUAGAUUUGCGGGUACAUUUAGUUAUAUAUAUAUUAUAAAUGUCUUCCAGAGAGGCAUUAACGAAAUCAUCGUCUUCCAUUUUUGUAAAGUUUUUAAAAUUUUAUUUAUAACCAUUUCGUAUGUUGUAAAUAUAUGAAAAGUAAGUGUAGGUUAAGGUCACAUAAUUUGCUUUUUUGUCAUUUGAUGAAAACAGAGCUUAUUGCUUUAAUGUUACUACCCUGGCCAGAUCUUUUAGCAGACGCGGAUUUGAUAACGUUGUGUUCUGAUUUAUUUCAUUUGUUAAUCAAUGUUCAUUUCAGUAGCCUCUAAGCCAUCAAAUGGCACAUUUAUCAGAAUGCAUUUAUUAAUGUGAGCAUGUUGCUUCCAAUCCAGUCAAAUUGAAAAAGAGGGAAAAGUAAGAUCCGAAAUGCUUCCCUUUCAAAUUUUCUUUUCCGGUAUAUGCACACAUUAACAUUCAGUUUGCACACAGUUAUCGUCCUUUUCCGGAAGCGACUUUCAGGGGACUUAACUAGUCAAUUUGUAAUGAAUGUAUGUAUAAUUGUUUUGAGAUUGCGAUAUUUUGCAGUUGUAUGUGUAAAUAUACCUUAAGCAGAUUAGUUGAUUGUAAGUUUAGAACAUAUUAUGAUGCAGUAUCUUAAAAUUAAUAAACUUUCUAAAGAUCCAAA